CGUAGAAAUGUCUAUUGACAGUAGAUAAUGCCAAACAUCUUGUUACGUUUGUAUUUUGACGGUAUUUUGAUGUGUUCACUGCUGCUAUUGAAACUCCAUAAUUUCCAAACAAAUCGGUGGCAAAUGCUUGUUGAUAGAAUUAAAAUAAACAAUGGUCAUUAUGAGCAAAAGAAUGGUGUUAAUCAAACGACAUGACAUUUAACAACAUGACAUUUGAUCUAUGGCCCGUGUGAUGCAUAACGAUUUUAUUUUUUGUAACUUUUAACGGGCUCUGUAACUUAACCACCGAAGAAGACUUCAACGAGUGCAGAGAGUAACUUUGCGAUACAUCGGAGAAAUUUAAUACGUUAACAUCUUUCUUUUGCUCGCGCAUCGCCGUUUGUUUUGAUUCUACAAUUUUAUAGAUUUUCUGCUGUAUCAACAGCAAAUGUGUACAUAUUGGAAUGCGGUCUGUAUUGAGCGAUUAAUUCAACGUGUCAACUUUUAUUUAUCAACUCACAAUUGCGUGUGGUUACUAUGCGCAACAACGAAUGGAUUAAAUUAACUAAACGUGACGCCGGCUACAAAUAUGAACUCAGAGCCUGUGUCAGAAAAGACUGCACGGCCGCACCGAGUUUCACGCAGAUGGCUUUUGAUCACGACGAGGAACUCAUGAUCGCAAUAGACGCGAAAGGAUACUUGCAUUGCAUCGACUUGUCCGAUGAUACACCAUGUUACAAACGAUCGGUCAAAAUCGGUCAGGCUACUUUCGUGGCGUUCAAUCCCGCGUACAAGGGCGAAUUAUUAAUGGGACUCGAUAGCGGAAACAUAAAGAUUUGGAAACUUCACACGGCUGUCGAUAAAUUUAUUUUACUGCCCGGUCACAAGCUGACGCCGACUCGUGUUUCUUUUUACAAGAACGAGUGGUGCCUGACGAGCUCUCGAAACGAGGCGAUAAUAUGGCACCUGCCGUCCUACGGCAAAGCUUAUCAACUUAAAGUCGACGCGAAGAACGCCGUAAUUAAGAAAGCCGCGUUUUCUAACGCGGGACACAUUGUUGUACUGUAUCACAACGAUACCGUACAAACUUGGACGUUCGGACAGUUGGACAAAGACAUUAAGAUCGAUGCAAAGAUACUAGGGAUGCGUCUUAUCGUAGAUUUUAUUUUCACAAGAGACGGAAAAGCCGUGAUAACAGUCGAUAGAGAAAACAUUAGCGUCGUGAGUACGUGCACUUGGCACUUACUAAAGAGAAUACGUUUGCCUAAAAAUUUUACGGCGAAGCAAUUAUGCGCCAUUCCGUGUUCACUGAAUGAUGACAAAGAAAUUGCCGAAAUUGUCGGGGUUUUAUCUCGCAAAUGCGUUCUUCACUUUUGUAACAUAAAUGCGUCGAGCUUUCUCGAGACAUCUCGUUCCGUCGAUGGAAUUAAAAAGGUUCUGGUUUCGUUUGCCGGCAAAUACAUAGCGCACAUAAAUUUGCAAGGAUGUUUGAACGUAACACGCACCCGCGAAAUUGUUUCGAGAAAAUAUCGCGAGUCGAGAAAAUCGUCAGAGCCACGUAAGGUCUUGUGCGCGCACAAGACAAGCGAUCACUUAGAGUUCAUCAGACAAAGAACGAAGCGAGAGUUGAACAUCAAGCGAUUGAUGGCUAUUUUAAAGGAAUUCGGCGAGUACCCGAAGAAAUAUCGCGUACUCAUUUGGUCCACUAUUUUAAAACUACCGUCGAAUAAAAACGCAUAUGUCGCUUUGGUAAAUAAAGCAAUACGCAACAGAUUUAUGUUAAAUAGUUUAAAAAGUUAUCCUUUGGCGGACAGAAGCAAGAGGUCAUUGCUAAUCGCUACAAUGGAUUGUUUAGCGCAUUGGUGCCCUACGCUGAUGCACGCUUCGUUUCUUCCGAAUUUAAUUUUUCCGUUUCUCAUUGUAUUUCAGGUACAAUCUCUUGUUUACAACAGAUGUAUCUUUUUUUUUCACAAAAAAAAAACAUAUCAAGAUAUAAAUUAUUUCUUUCAGAAAGACCCUUUGCUCGGUUUCGAGUUGAUAUUGUGUAUAUUGCUAAACUAUUGCUACAAUUGGUUCGAAUAUCAUCCUUUACCACCGUUAAAUAUUUUGGGAAUUAUCGAGAACAUUCUUCUGGAAGCUGAUCCCGCGCUAUUAAAUACGUUUUGCAAGCACGGUAUCGCAACCAGCGUGUACGCGUGGCCGUUACUUCGAACCACAUUGAGCGAGGUAUUAUCCGGAAACGAAUGGCUGAUUCUGUGGGACCAUCUGAUAACUUUUCAAAAACCUUCCGUGCUAUUGAUGUGCGUCGUUGCUUAUUGCAUUUAUUCGAGAGAAACCAUUAUUUCCUUGUUAAAAUCGUCCGGGAGUGUAGAAACAUUUUUUGGUGCUCAAGGCAAUGUCAGAGCCAAGGAUAUAUUAAACAUCGCAAAACGAUUGGAUCGAGAAUUACCGGAACGACUUCAUCCCGAUUGUUAUAUAAGAAACAAACUGUUGCGAUUAAAUGAUAAAGGGUCUUAUCCCAUGUUUCUGAAAGAUUGUCCGAAUUUUCUCUCAGAAGAACUCACAAAUACACAGUCGAAAGAAAUACAAAACUGAGGAACAUUCGCAGAAAUAUAAUCGUAAGAUGACAGAAUUUGCUGAAAGCAAAACAGAGUGCACUGAGAGACUGAAACUUUUGUACGGUAGAUUUACAAAGACAAUAAACAAUAAAGAAAGUA